AACUUCGUCCUUAUGAUUGGGCUUAGUAGUAAUUUAUAAUUAUUGGGCUUCCUCUCGAAAAGAUGGGCUAAUACCACAUACUAGUAUAGGUCCAUUAAAAAAAAGAAAAAGGGAAAAAAUAAACAGUUCCGCCUCAAAUAAACCAACCGCAGCAUAUGAGAUUCUCUCUCCUCCGCCGCCUCCACCACCACCAACCUCCAAAACUCUCAACCAUGGCUACAAUCACCACCCAAGUUGCGGCCCCACCACCACCACUAACAACGGCGGUAGAAGAAGAAAACUUCGACGACAUACUUUGCUCUUCCGGGCCCACACAAUUAGAGGAGAGAGAUGAAAAGGUGGAGGAUAAGGGGUGCUUAUUGGGCCAGCCCAGUGGGUACUUGAGCGGGGAGGCCCGGAUAGAGAGGGCUUGGGCUCACUGGAAAAACUUGGGUCGGCCCAAAUUGAUAGUUGCUCCAAUGGUGGAUUGUUCUGAGCUUCCAUUUAGGAUGCUUUGUCGCAAGUAUGGAGCACAAGCUGCUUAUACUCCAAUGUUGCAUUCUAGAAUCUUCACUGAGACUGAGAAGUAUCGCUCUAUGGAGUUCACCACAUGCCAGGAGGAUCGACCAUUGUUUGUCCAGUUCUGUGCAAAUGAUCCAGAUGUUUUACUUGAGGCAGCUCGGAGGGUGGAACCAUUUUGUGACUAUGUUGAUAUCAAUUUGGGUUGUCCCCAGCGUAUUGCUAGACGGGGUAAUUAUGGAGCCUUUUUGAUGGAUAAACUCCCUGUAGUGAAGUCUUUAGUGGAAAACUUAGCUCAAAACCUCCAGGUUCCUGUUUCUUGCAAAAUCAGAAUCUUCCCAAAUUUACAGGAUACCAUAAACUAUGCAAAAAUGCUGGAGGAAGCUGGCUGCUCUCUUCUAGCUGUUCAUGGUCGAACAAGAGAUCAGAAAGACCAGAGGAAAAUUAGGGCUGACUGGAGUGCAAUUAGGGAGGUCAGAAAUGCAGUCAGGAUUCCAGUCCUUGCCAAUGGGAACAUUAGACACAUAGACGAUGUCCAUAGCUGUUUGGAGGCAACGGGUGCAGAAGGGGUGCUCUCAGCUGAUGCUCUCCUCGAAAACCCGGCUCUCUUUGCAGGUUUUCGUACCCCAGAAUGGGUAGAAGAAGGUGAAAAAAAUUGUAAAGAUGGAAACAUAGACCAGGCAGAACUGCUAGUUGAAUAUCUGAAACUAUGUGAAAAGUACCCCGUGCCAUGGAGAAUAGUCCGAGCCCAUGUACACAAGAUGCUCGGAGAGUGGUUCCGAUUGCAACCACAGGUGCGAGAGGACCUCAAUGCACAAUCUACGCUUACAUUUGAGUUCCUUUAUGGCUUGGUGGAUAGGAUUAGGGAGCUAGGCGUCAAGAUUCCACUUUAUAUGAAAGACAGUAAUAGUGAUGAGGAAACAAAUCCUGCAAAUGGUGAUAUGCCCUCUAAUAUGUGAUGCAAAUUCGUUACAAAAGUUCGAGGUAUGUAUUUUUUUUAUGAACACAAUUCAUCUUUAUACGAUGUAGCCUAAGAUGAUUAAAAUGAAGAGGCUAUUAGAGCAGGGGUAAUAGGCCUUUUGUCUUCCCUAUAUUUGUGUGUAACAUUAGUUUAUAAUCAGGUUUGGGAAUACACAUACAUCAAAUUUUCUAAUCAAACAAUUGAUUGUAUUCUUAAAUGUUCAAUCAUAGAAGAAUUUCUUUCUCAAA